CUAUUCGACACCCAAGUGCAGACGCACGGAGGCUGCUGCGCUCUUACUUCUGUCAUUCACUUCUCCUAUUUCACUCAAUCACAAUCACACAUACCUUCAGCAAUUUUCACCCCCUUCAACUCGCCCUAGAACCGUGUUAAGCGACUUCUGUUCACCAUUAGGGUACUGCCACCGCUUCCAUGAGACAUUAAUGAUCUGGAGAGUCUCUGGGUACAGAUUUCACACCGGGCAAAUCAAUGUUGAUUUGAAGGCUGGCCAUAAACGGCUUCCGUUGUUGCACGAACCGCCUAUUCCCUGGCAUUCAUUAGUCGACUAUGAGCGGACAGAAUUUCAUGAAUCGGUCCCGGGCCUCUGCGGCCUGCAAUGCCUGUCGGAAUAGACGCACCAAGUGUAUUACAGACGCCGGAGAGAGGUCUUGCAACUAUUGUCGCCGCAAAGGUCAAGAUUGCUUCUUUCGUGCAAUUGAUGAGCGCAAGAGACCGAAUUCGCGGACGUAUGUCAAAUCACUGCUGGAUAACAUCGAGUCUCUCGAGAGACGGCUCCAAGGCAAACAACGGGAGGUCCAUGUACCUCCAGAGUCCCACGCACGAACCCAAACAUCAGUUGACGAUGAUCACGACUUCUCUAGAAGUUCCACAAGAAACCAUCUCUUUAGCCCUGUUCACGUCAUAGAUAUGGACAUGGACUGUGCAGAGGGUGAGCUAGAGGAGUCCAGCAAUUUAUCAGCGAAAGACCACCCAAGCCUCCCCACGACCACGAAUGCACAAACCACCUCCCCCGGAGUCGGUCAGAGUGGUGUGCAAAAGAACUCAAUCUGGCCUCUGAUCUUUGCACCUGGUCGUUUCAUGUAUGUCAAAGAGAGAGCGCGAAUCGAGUACUUCACCCCAGCCAGCUGUUAUCAGUAUUUUGCGCAGGACCGCGUGUCUUAUGACUCCUGGCAGGAAGACAAUCAAUUGCGCCGUGUCCUCGAUGAUGUUGCCCCCGACUUGGACACCUAUCUGAUGGGUCUUUUCUGGAGUCGCUAUAACAACACAUUAUUCGUCAUUGAUCAAGACGCCUUCACGAACGACAGAAUAAAUCGUGGUACAACCUACUACUCUUCCUUCCUUCACCUUGUUUGUCUAGCCGUGGCCUCUCGCUUUGCCGACAGAAACCACAAAGGGAUGAGCCAAAUCAGCCUCAGUGACGGUCAAAGUACCUUUCAGCGCGAGGCCAAAUAUAUCUUGCAUCGAGUACUUGAGGAGCCACGGAGUCUUACACUAGUUCAGGCACUUUUGGUCUUGAGCGACGUGGAAUUUUCUCAGGGUCGGUAUGACCUCACCGCAAUCCACAUAUCCACCGCCUGUCGCCUCGCUUUUGAAUUUGGCCUAAAUCUUGACUCGGCACAAUUCGAUCUAUCCGAGUCAGAGAGGAGAUUUCGCAAAAACCUAUUACGUUCAUGCAUAAUUCAUGAUUGGGCUUGGGCAAUGCAUGGUGGGCGUCCAGCAAAUAUCAAGUUGGCGGAUAUCUCGCCGUCUUAUUUCGAACCGAAGUCUAAUACUCAGCCCAGUCGAGGAGACGACAAUCAGGCGUGGACCAGAAACUCGGACCGAUCUCUCCAUGAACAGACACUGGAUGCUCUAAUCGAGCUUUCAGGCUAUAGUUCUCAGAUCCAGAACCUCGUGCAGCCUAGACUCAUCCCCGAGACAAUAGCGGACGAGAAUCGGCUGACUGAUGUCACGUUUCUUGACGCACGCUUGAAAACUUGGUAUUCCACGCUGCCACCUCGCCUGAUGUGGACAGCUGAGAAUAUCAAGACUGCGUCACGUCUCUAUUUUAUAAUGCACCAACAACUGCAUCUUUCUCAGCUUAUCUUACACGGGGCUUACGGACGCUACGAGGAUGCUGUAGGACUUAAGCCCCAAUCUCUGGAAAUCUUUGGCGGACUCAUCAGAGAUGAUCGAACCGUCACCGCCUGGCAGCACAUCGCACGGUCACUCACAAUGAAUGCAGCGCUGAAAAUUGUUCAGAGCUUCUCUAUCUAUCGCCAAAGGUUUUCCACCGGCCAAACUGGGGUUUUGGCAUUUCAACAAGCAGCGACAGCAUUUCCUGCAUUAAUGUGCAACAUCAAACUAUGCAAGGACUCGCGGAAACGCUCCCUCGCGCUCGAGAAUCUCUUCACUUUGAUGCAUGAGGCUCAGGACAUGUCUUUGACUUACGACCCCAUGCAGGGAGUUUGCAAUGUUGUCAAACGUGAGAUGAAUGACCUAGGAAUCGACUUUGCAGAACUGAAGACGCCAUUGACACCCAUUCAACAACCCAACGAACCCAUCAUAGGAUCCAUUCAAUCCCCAAAGACCCCAAAUCUGGAGGAGCUAUCUCAUUUAGAUGUCGCAACCACUCAACAACGACCACCUAAAUACCCUACUGAUCAUGGAGCUUACGGAGGUCUACCUAAUGAUGAUAAUGUUGAGACCAUCCCAACCCUAUCGGACAACAUGCCUUCGGCAAGACCCAGGCAUUCCAGCUCUCACUCCCCGGCAAUACCGUAUUCACAGGCGUUUGAAGAUUCUUUGCAGACAGCUUUCCCACAAGAGCCGGGCGAAGUUUGGGGAGGAAUGCCUUACUUCAUGUCGGAUUUGCACCUCGGCGAGACAUGGUCCAUCGAUUAUUCCGGUGGAUCUCCCUUCUUUGAUGCCACGGAUCAAGUUUAG